AGAAGCGGAAGAGGAAGAAGAAUCGAGAAGGCAAUGGCGGCAUCGAACUCGUACGAGGAGCAGCGCCGGAGGCAGAUGGAGGAGAACCGCCGGAAGCUGGAGGAGCUGCGCCUGCACCACCUCUCCGCCGCCGUCCGCGAGGCCGCCGCCAGGCCCAACCCCAACCCCAAGCCCAAGCCCAAGCCGCCCGACUACCUCGAGGGCGCGCAGCACCGCGACGAGCAGGGGGUGUACGCCGCAUACGACACUCGUAUUUGGAAAGGACCGACCGACGAGGAGAGGGCCGCCGCCGUCGCCAAGGCCGAGGAGCUCCGGCGCCGGAUCCACCGCAUUCGCCGGCCCGCCUUCGUCAAGACCUUGACCCACGUCUGCGCCAGCAGGGCAAAACUGAUGAUGAUCCCGAAGCACUUCAUCAAGCACCUCCCGGCGCACGAUGAGGCGGUCGUCUUGGUGGAUGAGGCGGAUGUCGAGUUCCACAUGCUGUGCAAUGCCAGCAAACAGGGCAUCUGCUACCUCAGCAAGGGGUGGAGAGAGUUUGCCGUCCACCAUGACCUUGAAAACGGCGAUUGCUUGGUUUUCCAGCUGAUAGAGAGCGCAAAGUUCAAGGUCUACAUUUUCAGAGCAAACCCAGACUAUGAAAGCGAUCGAACUUCCGACGACUCUGAGGAUGAACAGUAA